GCACCAUGCCGGGUCAGUUGGCCAGACUAGUUCACGAAGUGCGGUCACGUCAAGACGCUUCUCUGCUCGCUUCCGGUAAAUAUAACUCUUAUUUCGAAGUUUGGAGACUGAAAACAGCCAGCAUAUACCGUCAGCUUCACCGUACGUCAAGUUGGUCUCUGUCCGACGAGUGUUCUGGGCCCCUAGAAAGAUACGCAAACUUUGCGACUCGAUUCAGCGAUUUUAAGUUUUGCCGAAACUUUUUUUUUUUUAGUUUCUUUUACUUUUUUUUAUUUUCGUUUAUUUGUUUCUUUCCGCACCAACAACUGAUUCGGAUGUAUAAGUGCUUAGUUAUCUUAUCCAGAUCAUAUGUGAAGUUUGGCUAUUUGCAAAAGAAAAUGGGUGAAAACGUUGAUUUUAUCUUAUCACGGUCCAAUGAAAUCUAAUUGAAAGAAACAGCUUGAUACAUUAUGCAAGAGAUAAUGCAUUAAUAUUAUUGACAGCUAACUCCUUUCAAUUAUCAUAAGGAAGAAGAAAAAGUGAAAUUACAAGAGGCGGUACCCACCACCAGUAGGUCUGCAAGAGGAUCGAAGGAAGGGAGCUUAUUCUCAGAAGGGAAGGUCCAGAGAACAUCAGGAAAUGGAAGGGAAUUCUUCAGUGAAAUGUGAACAUAGAAAACAUUACGAAGUACGAUACAACUAUGAUAAGUGAUUAAUACUGCAAUAAUUAGUAGUGAUUUUCGUCACUCCUCGGUAUUACUUACAGUUCUGUUCGAUAAAACAAACAAAAUAUAAAGAUCAUGACUAGGCCUCGGAAAUUGAGGUGUUUCCCAUGAUGUACUGAAUUGCAUCCAUGAAAUUACAGUUCUAGGGAGAGAGAGGGAGAGGGAGAGAGAGAGCGUGCGCAAUUAAAAGAUUUUUUUAGUGGGAGGAACUGAGAAAGUAAAAAACUGAGUAUCCAUAUCCUUUUCCGUCAGUGAAGUUUAUCUAAAUACCGUAGAGUAAUGUAAAGUUGAUUUUUCUACAUGUUUUAAGGAAAAUUCCAUUUUUUAAGGACUUUAGUAAACGGACUAACAUAACAGUUAUGCAAUAAGCGUUCUACGUAAGCCACAAAAAGAACACGCAUUUCUUCUUAUAGGUUUGAACAUGUAGUGUUUCAAAGGCCCUUAGAUACACUGGUGAACAAAUAGUGAAUGUGGCCAUACGUCUGUAAGUCAAUUCUAUAAAACUUUAGCUCAGCAAUAAGUUUAUCUAAAUUCAUAUAAUGCCACCAGAUGGUUCAAGGUAAUUUGCAGAGGAAAAAAUAUAUAGGCCAUGAUGUCGGUAUGGGAUUCCGACUUCAAAGUAACAUCCCGUCCCAAAUAACAUAGUAAUAGUUUGUGAUGUACUUUUCAAAGGAAGUAUCGUGUAAAGUUUUAUAUUUACGACGUUAGUCAAGUAUCUGAAGCGACUCUGUAAUAUGCGAGUGUUUUCCGUACAUUUCAAUUCUAUUGCUGCGUCGCGGAUUUUGUUGAGAACUCUCGAAACAAUGGUCUCAUGAGCGGUCUGUAUUUAGAUUUAAUCAUGUUCAGUGACGGUGGAACGCAUCAAAGUGAUAUAUUAAUUUUCCCAACGGUGAUAUAACUACUGUCUUCAAAGAUGUAGAAAAAAUAUGAGCAGCAGACAGACGCAAUAAUGUCUAAGUGUUGAAACCUCGACGUCAAAAUUAAUUCUGAAAUAAUGGAUACAAUACACAGCAGCGCCAGCAGUAGCACAUCCACGGCCAUGUCCUCCUUGACGGGGUCUAUGAUGUCCGCCCUAACGACAGCGGCGUCGACGACGACUCCAGCGCCGCCCCCAGUCAUCGCCCUGGACUACUUCGCCCAAGAGGAGUCGUCCUACCAGAGGCUCCUACGCAACCUCUCAGCCAGCUACCCGGACAUCGACUGGGCUGACAUAAACCUCCUCAACAACCUGACGGACUACUACGACACGACGGAGAUGACCCGGGGCUUGGACGCCAACUCCACGUCGCCCACGUACCUCUACGAGGUGCCCACGGGCAUCGUUGUCCUCCUGUCCAUCUUCUACGGGUCCAUCUCUCUCGUGGCUGUCGUGGGGAACUCCCUCGUCAUGUGGAUCGUAGCCACCUCGAGAACCAUGCACUCCGUCACCAACUACUUCAUCGCCAAUCUGGCGUUGGCCGACAUCAUCAUUGCCGUUUUCGCCAUUCCUUUCCAGUUCCAGGCGGCUCUUCUACAGCGCUGGAACCUGCCUCACUUCAUGUGCGCCUUCUGUCCAUUCUUCCAGACGGUCAGCGUCAACGUCUCCAUCUUCACUCUGACGGCGAUCGCCGUCGACCGCUACAGAGCCAUCGUCUUCCCGUUAAACGCGCGACCGUCGAAAUUCAGAAGCAAGGUUGUCAUAGCGUUUAUUUGGUUAUUCAGCACAACACUAGCCGUUCCUCAAGCCAUCGCACUGAGAGUAAAAAUUUUUGUUGAUCCUGUCACCAAUGAGGAAAAAACCUUCUGUUCUGCGGUUGGGAUCGACCGCGAUGUGAUGCAGACAUAUUCCCACGUCGUGGUCUGUUUACAGUAUUUUCUCCCGUUGGGUAUAAUCAGCUUCGCAUACAUCAGGAUGGGCUGGGAGCUGUGGUGCUCCCAAGUACCCGGCAACGCUGAAGAUGCCCGGGACGCGCACGUUUUAAGAAAUAAGAAAAAGGUUAUCAAAAUGCUUUUCAUAGUUGUGGCACUUUUCGCUUUGUGUUGGGCUCCUUUGCAGUCCUAUCAUAUCCUGCAAGAAAUCUAUCCAGCUGUUAAUAAAUAUCGUUUCAUCAACAUCAUAUGGUUCUGCUGUCAUUGGCUGGCGAUGAGUAACAGUUGCUGUAAUCCGUUUAUCUACGCCAUAUAUAACGAAAAGUUUAAACGAGAAUUCCGGCACAAAUUCAGGUGGUUCUUUAAGAACGACACCCCGAGCGAGAUGAGUGAAUUUGAGAGAUCCAGGUAUAAUAUUUCCUUCAGGUACCCUGUGGAACGAAGGGUAUCGACCACAGAGCACCGUCUCUCUCGCACCGAAGCCGUGGCACUCAAUGGCACCUCACGUUCAUCUUGCAAGUCGACCCUGAGUACAGGCUCGACGCUGAGGUCCUCCUUGAGCACGGGAUACCGCCUGAACGCCUCACCGAACAACCUGGGGCGUAGCCACAACGGGACGUCCGUCACAGAUCUUCGUCAGAAUGCCCAGGAGGUCCACGUGUGCGUGCCCCUCAAGUGCCCGCCGCAUUUACACCCUGAGCCGUUCCUUGCUAAGGGGGACACCAGUAUGUAAAAGCCUGGAAGCCCUGCAAGGCGUUUCACGAACGACGUUCUCGUCUAUUCCAGUCAUAGUUUUGUAAUUAGCGUCGGGUUUCGUUCAAGAAGUUUCUUCUUCUUUUCGAACUGAGAGACUGACUUAUAAAAACGGUAGGCCUAUUUUCCGCAACAUAUUUGUUAUUUGUUUGAUUUUAUUAUGGCUCGUCAACGUCCUCUUUUUUUUUUUUUCCUUUUUCGUCGAAGUAACUUUCUGUAAUAUCAAAUCAUCAACAGACAAAUUCAGUUCUCAUAAGGACGUUUCAUCAAUGACCACAACCUCAUACAAUAUGCUGCAACACCCACCGAUGUAUAUAUCUUCUUUUUAUCGUCAUCAUAAUCAUUUCUAUCAUAAACCGACCUCCUUUAUUGCGGAAGAGGGUUAAAAAAAAGACCUGAGAACGAGAUCUUUUGGUCGAUCGAAGAUUAAUAAAAAGGAUAUAUUUAUUUGUAAGAGCGGAUUUUAUUGAAGAAGACUUGAUCUUAUCUGCAUGAAAUUAUACUGAACUUGUUGAUCGGUAACAUGUUUUGGAUUUUGAAAAGCAUAUUAAUAUGAAAGUGAUCGUGUAUUAAUACUAAGAUUCCGAUCAAAGUUCCGUACCUGUUUUACGAUGUCAGAUUCUUUUAGUGAUAAAGGUGAAAUCGACGGAAUAGAUGCCAAUUUCUAGAAAACCUAACAACACGCAUAGAAAACAAUAAUAAGUUAAUUAAGGCAAACGGUGCUUACGUUAUGUUGCCAAAGAUAUACGAGGUGUUUUUAAAAUAUUUUACGGCAAGACUUGAACCGCAAGUAACAAAGAAAAAAAAAUGCUGUUCCAACCAGCGGAGACUAUUCCUUUUCUCUCGGAUGCGAUUCCAAGCUCUCAAGGGGGAGUGAGAGAAGAGAUGUCGUUUCUUAGAGCUAAGGAAAGGCCCCCAAAAAAGGACAGCAAAAUGGACUCUACAUUCCGAAAAAGAAAAAAGCCCGGACUAAGAAGAAAAGAAAUGUGGGAAGCAGUGAAGACAGAAAAUAAAAGAAAAAAGGGGGAUGGGACUACAAAACAUUGAACAAGGGCAAAGGGACGAGAUAUUUCCAGGAUAACAAAAACAUCUCGCUUUUCUUAUUCCUCUCCAGAAAAGGUAGAACUGGCUUAAAUGCCACCUGCCAGAGGCACUUCUAAAAGCAGCGGUGUUCCUGUGAUUCUGCUACCUUGGGUAUGAGGUUGAGUACAUAAAAUUAUGCAUGAUAAAGAAACUAAUGGAAAAGUUGGUCGAUAUGGACCUUGAAAAGUGAUUGUGAAUUUUAUAGUUUACUGAAAGUAUUAUAUCUGAAGCUUACAAAGCAGAACUAUUCAAUGUCAAGUAAUUGCACAAUUCCUAGAUUUGUUGUGAAGA